AUGAAGGAAACCGAGGUGCUGGACGUCUUCGGUAACGAAGAUGGUGCUGAUAUCCAGUACAAGACCAUGACCUGGUGGCAAGGUGCCAUGAUCAUGAUCGCCGAGAACAUCUCACUUGGUAUUCUGUCUUUGCCUGCUGUCCUCAAGACCAUCGGUCUGGUUGGUGGUAUUAUCGCUAUUCUCCUCAUGGGUAUCAUCACCACCUACUCUGGUUACACUCUCUGGCAAUUCCGUAUGAGAUACCCCCAGGUCUCCUCCUUCGGUGAUGUCGGUUACAUUCUCAUGGGCAAGUUCGGGCGUGAACUGUUCGGAUUCGCAUACGUUACAUUCUGUGUCUUCUGUAAGUUUCGUUUGCACAAACCUAGGAGUCAUAUAAGUUCUAACCAAAAACAGGCANUGGCAUCUCACGUUCUCACGUUCAUCAUCGCAAUGAACAGUCUUACCAACCACGGAACUUGCAGCAUCGUCUUUGGUAUCGUUGGUCUGGUUCUCUUCUUCCUUCUUACCAUUCCUCGCACUAUGAAGAACGUGUCCUUCUUGGCCAUCGCUUCUUUCAUUUCCAUCCUUGCAGCUGUAAUGAUCACCAUGAUUGCUCUUGGUGUCAACNCCCUGGAGGGCCGCAACAUCGUCGACAUUGCACACCCCAACUUCCCCACCGCCUUCAACAGUGUUUCCAACAUUGUUUUCGCCUACGGUGGACAUGCUGCCUGGUUGAGCUUCAUCAGUGAGCUCCGUGACCCCAAGGACUACCCCAAGGCCUUGAUGACUCUUCAGGCCGUCGACACUUCGCUCUACCUGGUUGCCGCUGUUGUUAUCUACUACUUCGCUGGUGACAUGGUUACCAGUCCUGCUCUGAGCAGUGCCUCUCCUCUCGUCUCCAAGAUCGCCUGGGGUAUCGCCUUGCCUACCAUCAUCAUUGCUGGUGUCAUUUUCGGUCACGUCACCGCCAAGUACAUCUACAUCCGCAUUUUCGCUGGUACCAAGCACCUCCACAGCCGUGGUGUUGUUGCUACUUCAUCCUGGUUCGCCAUCAUCUUCGGUAUCUGGUUCGUUGCAUGGAUCUUGGCCGAGUCGAUUCCCAACUUCAGCAACUUGCUCGGAUUCGUCGCUGCCCUCUUCGCCUCGUGGUUCAGUUACGGACUUCCCGGUGUCAUGUGGCUUUACAUUAUGAAGGGCAGCUGGUUCAGCAGCCCCAAGAAGAUUUUCCUCUUCUUCUGCAACGUUAUUCUGGUGCUCUUGGGUAUCAUCAUCUGCGUUGUUGGUCUUUACGCAUCAGGCACCGAGCUGGCCAAGGACUCCAGCGGUCGCUCCUGGUCUUGCGCUGACAACCGCUAA